AUGGCCGCUACUGCCGCCUCCGCGCCCGCCUCCACUGCCCCCGAUCACGCAGCAACACGGUGCGUGGGCGGCAGCAGGAGUUUAUCACGGUCGCCGUCGUUGGGAACGUGGUACCGUGAUAAGUGUCCAGGGUCGCGGUUUUUAUACUGUUCAAGGUGCUACUGGGGUGCACAGGAGGCAUCAGAACCAGUUGCGCAUCGCUCUGCCGCUCGUUCUUUGUCCACAGAUUUGGUCCGCGGCGGGUUCCAGCCGCGCCUUCCGACUUCGCUGCCGCCCCCAGGGCAGCAGCAGCAGCCGUCGCCGCUACCACGCCGACAGCCCGUCCCGUUGAUGCCUCCCGCGCAGCUUCAUCCGGGAGCGCCCCAGGUGGUCGCUCCGGCGCCUGCGGUCCCUCUUCAGUCGCCACCGCCUUCGGAGCUCAUGGACGUCGACCCCUCAGCCGGGCCGCCUUCCCAAGCGGUGGCUGUGCAGCCUGUCCUGCAGCCGCUUUCCUUGGGCACCCCCAAGGAGUCUGAAACCGCAGCGCCUUGUCCGGCGCCCACUCAGCAGCCGUCGACGCAGCGUCAGGAGACGCUGCCUCUCUUCGUGGGUCCCGACGCCCCGUCGAAUCCAGUACCAGAAGCUGCAAGCGAGUGCGCGCACUGUGGGAUGGGCCCGCCCAGGACAGGGGGGUUCCGGCGGUCUGGUUUGGCGGUCAGGAGCCGCAAGGACGCCCGGUGA